CUCGGGCCAGCCGGGCGCGGCGGCGUGUCCUUCUCGCGCCGCCGCGUGUCCUUCGCAUCCACCUCUCGCAUCCCCUUUCCCCUCGUCACUCCCUCGCGGCGGGUGCCAUCUGCCUCGCAGCGGCGUGGAUCCGGCCUCCACGUAUACGCGCCGACGCCGCAGCCUGCGCGACUGACCGCUGAGGCCCGCUCUACGCCAGCUGUCUCGCUCGCGGCGUGCGCAUCCGCCGCAUCAUGGCGCUCGCGAAUGCCGAGUCAGCGCCGGAUGCGCCGCCGUCGGCAUCCGCGCUUGCAGCAUUCCUGGCCUCGCUAGAGCCGCCGCCGUCGGCGCCUCGCCUGCCCCUCUCUGCGCAGGCCAGCCUCGUCGAGGCGCACGCCGAUGCGGAGCGCAAGAGCUUCGCCGCCGCUCUGGCGCGCCACGCGCCGGCGUUGCAGCAGCAGCAGCAGCGCAUUGCGGCGGCCGAGCUGCGUGCGACGCAGCUCCGAGCCCGCGUCGCCGAGCUGCACGACGCCAGCGCAGGCGGGGACAGCAGCAUUCAGCAAGGUCUGCACACGCUGCCAGCGUUUGCCACCGCUCAGCGCACGCUUGGCAGCAACGAAGCCUUGCUGUCAUGUCUACGGGCGCUCCAUGGCGCGCAGUCUGCCGUCGACACGCUGGCGCUGCAGCUGAGAGGGCCUCUUGAUGCAACCGCCUUGAGCUCGCUGCAAGCGGCACAGCAGGCCGUGCACAGCCUCUCCGACGCUCACGGCUCGCACGUCGGCCGUGAGACGAAGCGUCAGCUGGAUGCGCUCGAGUUGGGGCUUUCGCAAGGCCUGGAGGAGGCGUGGCACGAGGCCAUCAGCGUGGAUGUGCCCCGGCUGCGCGUAGCGGUGCUUGACGCGGCCUCAGCAUACCCUUCGGCUGCCGCGCCUACUCCGCCGGCGUCUAUCGCCUCCCUGCUGUCGCAGCGCUCGCGGCUCACCCCGCUCGUCUCGACACUGGCCACUAGUCUAGCUGCAUUUGCGGCUAGACUGCUCGAGCCGGCGGCAGGCUGGAGUGUCGACGCCGGCCGCCGAGCUAGCGCGUGAGCUGCACGCCGCGCUCAGCCUCUUCCUCCCGACGCCGACGCACUACCUCAAGAACGAUCUACAGCCUCUCCUGGCGUUUGCAUCCUCUC